UGGAAAAGAAAGUACUAUCUUCAUGGAGGAAUAACAAAAUCGUAUUCGAUGUCUUAAAUAAGGAAUGUUUAUCAUCGGCCUAAGUCCAUCCAUCAACUGGCAGUCAUUUAGGAUCUUAAUUCAUCUGAAUGGCCAUCGAGGAGAAUCGAGUGCCGUCUAAAAACCGCAUACACCGCAACAGCUUGUUCCCAGCCGAGGGUCCAGAACUAUGUCCCCUGACAGGGCUAACUUCAAGAGAGAGAUUUGUCAUCACGCGAUCAUGGGCAGACUUGAUGGAGAACGGAAGAGAAAAACUUGCGCACGACUUGUUGUUGUGGAUGAUGUCUGACAUCAACGGCAUGCGGGAAUUCUUCAAGAUGUUCAAGAACAUGCCGCUAGACCAGAUGGCACAGGACGAGCGUUUCGUCAACCACUCGCACGCCAUCGUCAUCAGCUUGCAGGAGCUGGUCAACCUCCUCGGUCAGCCUUCUCGUCUGGAGAUCAAACUGCUGGACCUCAUCACGUUUCACGUCGACAGGAGGGUCAACCCCGUCUCGAUCUCGUAUUUUGAGCAAUUCCGGGACAAGUUCCACCUUUUUAUCGUGCCCAAGCUGAAGGUUGACGAGAACGGCGAGGAGGUCCGCGCUUGGAGAAAACUCUUCAACACGAUCGUGGAGAUGGGGAAGUCAUUGGAGAAACCCAAGUCUAGUUGUUGUUGUUUGCUCUGAUCCUGGCACUGGCAGGUCAUCACAUUGACUCGACACACAGUGCUCACUUCAUAU